AUGUAUUACCUUAACAAAAUCAACACUCUUGUCCGCAAAGCCCGUCGGCAUAACCUCCCAUCACCCCUCAAAACUACCACCCUGCCAACCGAAUCUGCGCCAAACACCUCUACGUCCACUUCCAACACACCAUCACGACAUAGAGAGCCGGGUGGUCCUUUUUCCUCUCAUCCUACAGAUCUAUCUCUUGUCCCUGUGUGGGCCCGUAGGAAUAACGCCAGCAGGGAUGCUACUGUUGAGGCACCAGAGGAGGAACUUGACGUAGCAGUCAAGCAAGAAGUUGAACCUAGCCGCCGACGACGAGCUAUUUCUAUGGGUGGACUUGGUGAUCUCUUGCUCCACGAUGUUAAGGGAAAGGAAAAGGGAAAGAGCAUCAAUCGCGAUGUAUCCAAGGCUACGAUGGGCCAUCGUCGAAGUCAUACGCGCGCCAGUUCUGCUUCAUGGGGUGAUCUGGGUGGGUAUCCAUAUGAGACAUGGCAGGAUUUCCGAAGCGAGUAUGGAAAGGGGCUCGUAGGGGAGGGGGAGGGCUGUGGUAUGGUGGAGGAUUCCUCGAUGGAGGGUAUUGCGAGGGAGUAUGGGGAGUUGGGAGGGGGGGUUGAAGAUGCUAUUCGGUUCAUGUCUGAGGAUAGCGAGGGUGCUUCUUAUUCNAGGAUUCCUCGAUGGAGGGUAUUGCGAGGGAGUAUGGGGAGUUGGGAGGGGGGGUUGAAGAUGCUAUUCGGUUCAUGUCUGAGGAUAGCGAGGGUGCUUCUUAUUCUUUUGAGGGGGAGCGACGAGUUUCUGGGCCUGCUGUUGUUCGUACCGAUGCGUCGACGCAGACUACUACGACUCUUACUGAUGCUACAACGCAAACGGCAGCGGAGAAGGAAGAAAAGAUCAUCCUCGUCGCUAUCUCGGGGAUCUCCUCCUCUGGAAAAUCAACGCUCGCGUACCUCCUAAAAAAAGUCUUCAAUCCCGAGACGGAAGAGGAGAAAGCAGCUGGCCGUCGAAAACAGCACACCCUCACGCAAGAUGACUUUUUCAAGGCCAAGACGGCGGUUCCUACUACCUCAUUUCUGGUUGGCGAGGGGGAGAAGGAAUUCGUGAUGAGGAGUAUGGGUAGUAACUCUGGUUUCUACAAGAUUACGGAGGUGUUAGGUGAUGGGAAGGAGGGCUCUCAGGGGCAGAAAUGGAAGGUUACGGGCCCGGACACGGAUUGUGCCUAG